AUGGCUAUACGGGAAGACACUAUAUUGCAAGAUGCUUCAUUCUGUGAAUCUCAUCGAUCCAGUCAACAUCCACGUAGCCUACUUCAUUCUUUUAUCACCGAUUUGGUGAUUUUUACUCUACAAUUGUGUUUCAAGAUGGUUCGCACGUACAAACCGAAGCGAACCAAUCCACCUGCUACGGAAAAAGACCUUCGACUUGCAUUGACCGAGGUGCUUACUGGCAAAAUGAGUAUCAGAAGAGCAAGCGCACAGUUUGGAUUGAAAAAAUCUACUUUGGGGGAUUACGUCAAAAGGUUUCGCGUAAACGGGCGCGCUCCACAAGAAUUUGAACCAGUGAGACGCGAACAACAUUCCCGUCAGAUUAUUUCAAUUGCGCUUGAAAAUGAAUUAGUUUCAUCUUUAAAGACUUGCUCUUUAAUGAGCCAUGGACUGACCCCUAGCCAAACAAGAGAACUAGCUUUCAAUUUCGCCGUUGCCAACAAAAUAGCCGUUCCGCCUUACUGGACUGAAAACGGAAAAGCAUCCGAAGACUGGUUUUCUGCGUUUAUGAAGAGAAAUGUUACGCUUUCUAUCCGUGCACCAGAAGCGACCAGUCAAGCUAGGGCUAGUGGAUUCAACGCGCCGGUUGUUGCACAAUUUUUCAAUCUUCUUAUGGAAUUAUUGAUUAGAUUUGGUCUUUCACUAUCCCAGAUUUGGAACGCCGAUGAAACGGGGAUCCCGACUGUCUUAGCGCCUCCUAAAGUUAUCGCUACUAAGGGUAUGAAACAAGUGCAACAAACUGUUUCCGCUGGACGAGGAGUGAACACAACGAUGUUGGCAUUCAUCUGUGCUGCUGGAACUCACUGCCCACCUGUUUUCAUAUUUCCACGCAAAAAUUUUCUUGCUUCCAUGUCCAUUCACGGCCCACCAGGAUGUCUGGGCCUUGCCCAUCCUUCUGGUUGGAUAAACGGGGAAACGUUUUUGCGAGCUCUUAAACAUUUUAAAACUCAUGUUGAUUUUUAUAUCAACAAUCCCAUUGUUCUGAUUCUUGACAAUCACAGCAGUCAUCUAGAUUUCAGCGUGAUCAAGUUUGCGAAAGAGAACGGCAUCCAUCUUUUAACAUUUCCUCCUCAUUUUUCUCAUCGCCUUCAGCCUUUAGACAUCAAGGUGUUUUGUCCCUUUAAAUCGGCUUUGAAGCAGGCAUUUAACGACUGCAUGCUGCAACAUCCUGGUUUAGAAAAUUUUGAUUCUGCUAUUGCAGAAACCUCCGGUAUUAUGCUUAAUUCAAGGAUCAUAGACGAAGAGAUUCGACCAUAUCUGGCAUUGGCCGAAUCUAUAGCGGCACCCCUUUCGGAUGGAAUUUCUGGCGCCGGAACUGUAGCUGUCGUUCUCCCUAGUAACUUGAGGCCAUUUCCCCAAAUUUCUCUGGCUUCAACUGAAGGAAGAAGAAGGACGCCAGGGCGCACAAGAAUAUUAACCGACACCCCAGAGAAAAAUGCCAUCGAGGAUGCUGCUAAUCGGAGAGCACAACAGCUUCCAGCUUCUCAAAUGGAGAAGUCGAGGAAACGGAUUAAGCGUAGCUUAGAUCUAGAAGCGGAUGAAAACAUCUUGGCGCUCAUGGAGGAGAGAGAUUUAGAUAUUGACCCUUUGUAUCAACCAGAUCCUAUUCUUAUUCAACGACCAACUCGUUCCGGCCGUGUCCCAAAAUUAAACACUCGACCUAAUAUGUGA